GUUGGGUGUUCCUGCAACCACACGACAAACUUUGCUAUUCUCAUGCAGGUCGUCGACUUCAAGGUCACUGUUCAUCGAGUUCAUUCAGUUCAUAACCUUCAUAUCAAUGCUUCAUGUGAUUUCUAUUUAUCAUCAAUACGUUUGUUUCCAUGGACUAAUUUUAAUGAUAGAAAGAUAGACAUUUAAAAAAUGUGUUUCCUUCAAAAGUUGUGGGCAAUUGUUAACCCUUUGACUCAAUGCCUAGGUGAAUGACGGCGAUGAGCUUGCUCUGAGUAUUAUCACCUACAUUGGAUGCAGUGUGACGUUGAUUACACAAGUCAUAGCGAUCACCGUGUUUACCUGUAUUAGGUAAGAAAGACUACAACACAGUACAGGAGAGAUAACUAGCUAGAAAAGGAGUAACGACCAGCUAGAGGGUGUACGACCAGCAAGAGUGGGUGGGACAAACUAUAUGGGUGCUACCAGCAAGAGGAGGUGCACCCAGCUAGAGGGGUUGCACCCAGAAAGAGUGGGUGCGACCAGCUAGUGGGGGUACGACCAGCAAAAAUGGGCGUGACCAGCUAGAGGGGAUACUACAAGUUAGGGGGGUACGACCAGCUAGAGGGGGAUGCCACCAGUAUAAAUGGGGUACGACCAGCAAAAAUGGGCGUGACCAGCUAGAGGGGGGUUACGACAAUCUAGGAGGGUGCGAUUAGUUAGACGGGGUGUUACAAGCUGGAGGUGGUGUGACAAGCUGGAGGCCGAGGUGACAGCUAUAGAAAGAUGUGACACCAACAAAGAGUAGAAGAGCUCCAGAAAUCAGAUAGUUGAGGUGUCCACAGUUCUGCUGUCAUUAUAACCUUUGUUGCAGGUCACUAAAUUCAGAACGAGUGUGUGUCCAUAGAAACCUGUGCAUCACCAUCAUGGCUGCUCAGGUGACUUUCAUAUCAGGAGUCAAGGCCGUUGAAGACAAGGUAUUGUUACGCACUGACUUGUAUUGGGAGAAAUUAAUCUCCUAUUUUAAUUUCAAUUGGCUCGUUGUAAACAGUGCCUAACAAAGGACGAUACCAUAGAAUCAACAAUAUUAAAGAUAUUAAGGGUUAAGGAGUACAUUCCAGAACGUACCCGGAGUCAUUAUACCCAAUGCGUAAUUGGAAGCCGAUUGUAAACAAGAUACUUCAAAGGCCUAAGCCACACCCCUUUGUGAACACAGCGUCUCAUGCGGGGUCAAUCAGAGGGCACGCACGAGAAAUAUGAUGUAAACAAGCUCUCUAUAACAGUAUGUAACCCUGCAGAGAUUUUCAAAACUCUACGGGUUACUUGAGGUCACUCAUACCGAUCAUAAAAUCAGAUUGUGUGUCUUGAUGAUCAUAAAUUCAAAAAGGGUGUCUUUAUAAUCAUAAAUUGAAAAUAGUGUGUCUUGAUGAUCAUAAAAAACGUACGUCCUUGUCCUAAUGACAGAGACACAACAUUUUGAUCAGAUGAACAAAUUGAACCCCUAAUACUAUCACUUGUGUCCCAUAAUAUUCUAAAAACAUGAUCACGUGAAUGUUCUGUUUCCCUCUUCACCGUUCAAUCCACUACUCUCAUGUACACGUCAUGUGUGUCCUUUUCCAAUCCACUGUUCCCAUGUACAGGUCCUGUGUGCCGUUGUUGCCGUGGCCCUCCAUUACCUAUACUCGGCAACAUUUGUCUGGAUGUUGGUCGAGGGCCUGCACCUCUACAACAAGGUGGUCAGGGUUUUUGGGACAGAAAAGUCCAGAAUCAUCUACUACAUCUUCUUCGGUUGGGGUAAGAUCUGCCAUCAUCGUCUUUGAACUAAUUAGCUAACAAAAGUGAUCAGCAGCAAAUAACGUCUACCAUAUUUCUUUACCAAGUCGUGGGACUACCAUUGUAGCAUUAAUAACCAAGUCGUGGGACUACCAUUGUCGCAUUAAUAACCAAGUCGUGGGACUACCAUUGUAGCAUUAAUAACCAAGUCGUGGGACUACCAUUGUAGCAUUAAUAACCAAGUCGUGGGACUACCAUUGUAGCAUUAAUAACCAAGUCGUGGGACUACCAUUGUAGCAUUAAUAACCAAGUCGUGGGACUACCAUUGUAGCAUUAAUAACCAAGUCGUGGGACUACCAUUGUAGCAUUAAUAACCAAGUCGUGGGACUACCAUUGUAGCAUUAAUAACCAAGUCGUGGGACUACCAUUGUAUCAUUAAUAAUUGGUAAGCCAAAUAAGGCAGCAGCUUUUUCUUUACAGUUAUUUUUAUCAAUUUUCAUAUUUGUUACCAAUUGAAAAUAUAAGGGCUCAAGGGAAAAACCAGUGAUGUCAGGUUUUGAGAGUUUUGAGAAAAUUGAAUUUAAAGUUUGAAAAUUCCUCAUAAAAGUAUGAAAAUAUCAAGAUGUCUACGUAUUUAUUUAUUGAGUACGCUGCUUUUUCAGUUGGACCUAUGUAUCAUAUGAUUCUAUUAAAUGGAACCCUUCUAAAUACGAUUGUUAGACCAAAGCAAUAUCAUGCGAUAUGGAUUCAGGUUUUAAGACAAAAAAAAAAAUUCAAUAAAAAUGAAGCUCUAUUUUCCAAACGUUGCUUAAGUUUAUCAUUUCGAAAAAAAAAUUUCCUUAGUGUUUGAGUUAAAUUAUUUUAACGUGUUUUCAUGACGUUAAAAUAAAAGACAUUAAAAUACGAUGCUAACAUCUCCCUGUCUGCAGGUGUCCCACUUAUCCUGGUGGCCAUCUCAGCUGCCGUGGACUGGGAAGGUUAUGGUAAUUCUCGCAGGUCAGCACGUCGCAAUCGAUAUUGCUUAAAAGAUAAUUACCUUUAAUUUAUUUCAACUCAUUUCUCAAAAUAUCUUCAAAUCUUUGUUGCAAAAAAAAAAAAAAAAAAUUAUAUUCUUACUUUUGGAACAUAUACGUCAUGAACACUUAUGGUGAUAUACACCGGCACAUUUGAUAAUAAUGCGUGAUUAUUGUGACAUUGGCCGGCAUAUUUGCUACACCGAAUCACCAAACUUAUCCUUGACCUUGCAGCUGCUGGCUGUCCAUCCAGCGUAGAACCAUUUGGGCGUUCGUGGGACCCGCUGCCGCCAUCAUCAUCGUAAGUACA